CUGGAUUUAGAUCAAUGACAAAGCUGCAUUUGUGCUAUACGUAUCACAUUAAUGCUUUUGUAGAACCUGAAGAAUUGGCUUGUGAGACGCCAACAAAGAAAGACAUGGCAUUUUAGAAAUACUUGACUAUUUCACUUUGCCGGCGGUCUAUUUUAAAAUGCCACUUUGGCCGUUUUGGCUCAUUCCCGAGUCAUUAUUGACAGUCAUUGCCGGAACAUAACAAAACAUCUUUGUAAAUUCAGCCAUUUGGCAAGCAAAAGUGGGCGGUGCUGCAAUAGUUCCCGACUUGUUAUUUUCGGUUUGUUCUACAACAAUUCAUGUUCAAGCAAACACCUUUUCGUAAAGGAGGCAAAAGCGGAUCAUCCUGCUCAUAAUUGCUAAACCUUGCUUGCUCAUCGAAAAUGAACCGAGUUUCCAUCUGGGUAUUACUCAUUUCUAUCUUUCUCCUCUUCCAUGUGUCAAAUUCAGAAGAUGAAGAUGUGAAGCGAUCACUGGUGGGAUUCAUGGACAAACUUGCACCUGGAAAUGUAGAGAGAAAUCUAAGUUGGGGUUGGAACAUGACUUCAGACCCCUGCAAAGACAAAUGGGUGGGUGUAUCCUGUGAUUUGCAGUUGCAAUCCGUCAAGAAAGUAGUUCUCGAUGAGCUAAAUCUCACUGGAGUUCUAGAUAUUGAUUCUGUCUGUAGGGCAACUUCCCUUUCCGUACUUAGCCUGAGCAAAAACGAUGUUGUUGGAUUGAUAUCAGAAGAGAUAGGGAAUUGCAAAAGUUUGACACACCUGUAUUUAAGUGGGAACCAAUUAUCCGGUGACCUUCCAGGGUCUCUGAAACAGUUGAGUAAUUUGAAAAGGUUUGAUAUAUCUGACAAUAACUUUUCCGGAGUGGUUCCUGACUUCUCUCGAAUUUCAGGCCUAAUUACUUUCCUUGCUCAGAACAAUCAGCUUAGUGGAGGGAUACCAAAUCUUGACUUCUCCAAUUUGCUACAGUUCAAUGUUUCUAACAACAACUUCAGUGGUCCAAUUCCUGAUGUCAAAGGGCGGUUCUCUGCUAACAGUUUUUCAGAUAAUCCUGGACUAUGCGGAGAAUUAGUCUCAAAGGCAUGCCCACCGUCAGCACCAGCACCACCAUCAUCACAGAAAUCUAAAGAUUCAUCGAGCAAGCAGUUUCUUAUCUACUCUGGUUACGUAGUUCUUGGCCUUAUUAUUGUCCUAUUAGUUGUCUUUAAAUUAGUCAGCAAGAAGAAGCCAAAAGAAGAGAAAGUCAACGUUCCAGAAAAGGGUAUGGAAGCAAACACUAGCAGCAACAACACUAGUAGUACACCCAACGAAUCCAAUACCACUAAGCAUAAGUCAGAGUAUUCAAUAAGUUCUGUUGAGUCUGGAAAGGCCGUGUCAUCGCUUGUAGUUCUUACGAGUCCAAAAGCCCAAGGUCUAAGAUUUGAGGACCUGCUUCGAGCUCCGGCUGAAUUGCUUGGAAAGGGGAAACAUGGAAGCCUUUACAAGGUAAUGCUUGAUAAUGGGGCGACAACCUUGGCUGUGAAGAGGAUAAAGGACUGGAGUGUUACGAGUCAUGACUUCAAAAGGAGAAUGCUGAGGCUGGACCAGGCGAGGCAUCCGAAUGUGAUGCCAUCGGUUGCAUUUUAUUGCUCGGAGCAAGAGAAGCUCUUGGUAUAUGAAUAUCAACCAAAUGGCAGUCUUUUCAGGAUCCUCCUGGGAUCCCAGAAUGGCCAGGCAUUCGACUGGGGAAGCAGAUUAAAUGUUGCAGCUAGUGUUGCUGAGGCUUUGGCAUUUAUGCAUGAGGAGCUUCGUGAAGAUGGAAUUGCUCAUGGUAACCUGAAAUCCACAAACAUACUGUUCAACGAGAAUAUGGAUCCCUGUAUCAGUGAAUAUGGGCUAAUGGUGUUCGAGAGUGAAGACCAAUCAUUUCAUUCUCAAUCCAACAGCUCCAAAAACAACGAUAUGGACCGUGGCCGAAGCUAUGGAAUCUUUAAAGCUGACAUUAAUGGUUUUGGGGUGGUUCUUCUUGAACUUCUAACGGGGAAACCGGUGCAGAAUAAUGGGUUAGAUUUGGCUCGAUGGGUGCAUUCAGUAGUGAAAGAGGAAUGGACUGUUGAAGUCUUUGACACGGCCUUAAUUUUGGAGGGUGCAAGUGAAGAAAGGAUGCUGAAUCUCUUACAGAUAGCACUGAAGUGCAUGAAUCCCAAUCCUUAUGAAAGGCCAAGCAUGAAUCAGGUUGCUAUAAUGAUCAACACACUAAAAGAUGAAGAAGACAGAUCCAGCUCCGAACCAUGAUCCUAGACCAAUACCAUACAAUUGACAAAUAUAUUUGCUCUGGAAAAUUAAUUUUCCUGCUGAUCCAUAAAUCCAACUUCAGGUUUUUUCUGUAAUUUAUUAAUCCCUUUUUGCUUGUCUAAUUCUCCUUCAAAAUUUAUGAUGGCAUGAAAAUUAACUUUUGUCAAUAUAUUCUACAAAUUUUCAUUAAGAGAAGUGAUCAU